UUAUUCACAUUGUUUGGAUCUCUUCUUCUUCCUAGAAGUCGUGUGAGAGAGGAGAAAGUGAAGCUACCAAAUUAAUAACUCAGAGUUAACGUGUAGAUCUCUUUCUAAAACCGCAUUACACACUUCACAUCACUCUUGCUUGAAUCCGCAUAAAAAAACUGCGCCUUUUUCUUCUUCUUUCCAACAAAACCUUAAUGGGUAUUCAUGAUCUCUAUCUCCCAAAGCCAUGACAUGAAGAUUCUCAACUUUGGUACCAUCGAAAAUGUCCUUCACGUAGGACAAGACAAGUCUCACGUUGUUGUUCCUGUCGACAAUAUCGAUAAUGUUUCUCCUCGGAACUCUACGGUAGAGAAUGUGGGAGUGGGAGUGGGAGUGUGUGAGAAAGAGAGAGUGUCUUCUGUGUCUGUGUCUGAAUGUUGUGUGGAAUUGGAUCUGGAGAGUGUGGAUAAUGUUGAUGAUGGUGUGAAGAGAGAUUGUAGGAUUUGCCACCUCAGUAUGGAUAUGAGAAACCAUGAUGAUGACCAACAUGAAUCUGGGAUUCCUAUUGAACUAGGAUGUUCCUGUAAAGAUGAUUUGGCUGCUGCCCAUAAACAAUGUGCUGAAGCUUGGUUUAAGGUCAAGGGUAACAAAACUUGUGAAAUCUGUGGAUCCAUUGCUAGAAAUGUAUCUGGUAUAGUUGAAGUUGAAAUGACAGAACAGUGGAGUGAAGCUAAUGAUGCAUCCGUUCUACCACCAACUAGACGUUCCCCACCGGUAGAAAAUCAACGCCUACUCCACCGGUUCUUGAAUUUCCUACUUGCCUGUAUGGUUAUUGCCUUUGUCAUAUCCUGGCUUUUUCGCUUCUAUUUGCAUUCCUGAAAUCCUAUAACUUCAGGAUAUAGAAGGUUGAUUGAGGAUUUGUGGCCAAAUCUGUGACCAUUAUAAACACGGGUACCAAGUUCAAUUCACGUGUCUAUACUCUUCAUACAAGACAAUUGAUAUGUUCAAGUAAGUAACAAGAAGGGUCAAUGCUGCAAAAAUAUUUUUGUGGUUGGUUAACAAUGUAACCAGCUUCCAAACAUAAUUUAGAAAAUAUCUCAUAUUUUUCACAACAUGCAGGAACAGCAUUAUGAACUGUUAUUAUAAGUUAUAACUUAGUUUCCUUGUCUCAACUGUUUCUUAUUGUCUUCUCAUUUGGAUUAUGUUGGUGAAGAUUUUUUGUUUGAUAUUAAGGAAGAAUUAAUAAAAUAAGGUUAGAAGUUAAAAGUA